AUGGCAAAACGGAUGAGACUAAAAUCAGAGACACAGGAGCUUCGGGCAGUGGCCAUUACAGUUCUGACAUGCUCCAAGAGACAAAAGAGCAAGUAUAUUGCCAAGUAUUCUGGAACAGCCCCAUGCUCUUACUGCUCGAGGACUAAAAAGCGAUGUCGCUUCGAGCGUGUACCACCACGGACACUGUUGACUCGCAAGAAAAUUGAAGAGAAUGAGCAGCUCUGUGAGAAGUUGAUGACCCUUGCCCAGAAUUUGGAUCCGAACAUCGACAUCGAAGAAGCAUUAAAGGCAUCUCCAGGGGCUGAGCAGCGGCAUGAUAAUAAUGAAACAGACCACAAUAGCUUGCUAUGCGUAAGCCCUGGGUCCAAUGACCUCGUCUCAUCUGCCAAACAAGCCCUCGAUGGAAUGGCAUCACUACCAAGCGAAGGGGCAGAAUCCGGGGACUUAGGUAAGUGGCCUGAGAAAUUCUGUAUGGUCGAGAUUGAUGAUUUACUGCCCGAGCAUCCUGCUCCUUUGGUUGCUCGAAGAGGACAACGCCCUGCAGAUUCGACCAAGUUAGCGAGUCCGCACAUGCUGAGAGAACUAGAUAAUGCCAUCCUCACGGACCCUCCAUUUGACGCCUAUUUCGGGUGGUAUAACAAAUCCUUUCCCAUUCUACAUGAAAAGACGUUCAGAGAGAAGUACCAGAACCGCCAUCGUAUACCACCUCACUCCACAUGGCGCUUGAUUUUAUAUGUCGUUCUGGGAAUCGGUGACUGGGUGGUAUCCGGUGGCUCCAAGGUAGAGGAGUCCAGAUAUUACAUGGCUGCACGAUCGCGUAUGUCAAUGAAUCUGCUGGAGUCGAGAGAUCGCGGGACUGCCUGGCUAAUCCGAGCCAGAAGAAUCAGGCUGCAGCGCGGUGCUUGGAAGUACUUGACCGGAUUAUGUAUCAGUCACAAGCUACGCCUACUGCAGUAG